UGAUGGGGCAAUUCAUUCAGUCGUACCCGAGCAGGUAAGAAGUGUAUUUUUCAUUCCCAAGGAUUAGACCGUGAAUUUGUACAGUAACAGCAACCAUGGAAUACCGACGACUGUUUUCCUGCAGUGUGGUUCUAGUCGUUUGUUUAGUCAAUGUUGUAUACACUGACGAUGCAGUUUGCAGUAGAUUGAAUGAAUCAAUGCGAAAUGUGUGUUACCAGAACUCUGUCUACCGUAGAUGUAAACAGACCUGCAAAAAGCUACUUCUGGCCGACAACGGGAAUAAAAAGUACAAAGACAUGCUUUGUCCCUGGGGAAACUAUAACAACAUUAGAGAUUCCGGUCUGGAUUCUCGGUGUGAAAAGAAAGUCAGUGGCAAAUGCAGCAGAUACUGCACCAACCCUGCACCGGGCACCGAUCUGAAAGACGGACGGAACUGCUGCAAGGCGUGCAUAGACCUCUGUCAGAAAGCACCAGGACGUGACAGUAACUUCAGAGAGGAAUAUCCAGAAAUUUACAGCUAAAGUGUAACUGAUAAUUUCUUCCAGCCAGAUUUUCCUAAAAAUGGUCACCAUUAGACAGCACGUGUCAAUUUCGUCACGGUAGAAAUUCCUAAAUUUUUAAUUAGACUAAAAUUUGAUUAGAGUUUGGAUGUUUUUCCUUUUGACUUUCUCUAUAAUAUGUCAUUUAUGUUCACUAUAUUCUCAAUUGUCAAUAAAGGGCUUUUAUCCAA